AUGUCUUUUAGACCCACUAGUAAUGAUAAUUAUUAUGUUAAGACCCCUUUACAUGAAUCUGCUGAGCAAUUAACGCAAAACCCAACCAAUAAUUUCGAUUCAACUAUAACCCUGCCUCCUAAACCGGGAAAUGGCCCUGAUUCAGAUAUAAAUGCGCAACAGAGCUGGCAUAAGGUAUUGGACCCGGUUACUCUCCCUUAUUUAAAUCGGCCAAAUCUAGACGAUCCCAUUAAGAACACUUUUGGCCAGGCGCUAAGAGAGUUAGGCCGUAUACCUUUGGUUAAUAAGCUGGGUGGCAUUGCAAUGGCUACUUGGCUAGCCCUAAAUAUUUAUCCAAUUCUUGAGCUGUUCUUUUACGCUAAGUUCUCUGAUGACGUGGCAAAGGUUAAAAAUGCUGUUGCGAGUGUGGCAUACGGAUAUAUGUGGGUUUGUUCUAUUUUAAUAGUUCUUAGUUUGCUUUAUAUCUACCUGACUUUAUCUCGAGGAAACAAAGGGCAUUCAUUAUGGUAUCGCGUGAUGAAGGGUUUGAUAAUUUUUGGGAUUAGCUGUAUUGUCUUCUUGAUUAUUGGGUUAUUAUUUGGACUGUUUCAAUUAGGAAUACGCUCCUGGUGUCCGGCUGAUUGGCCACAGGCAGUUAUUAUCAAUGUGGUUAAGUUUAGUCUAUUUGUUAUCUCCUUACUCAUAAUGGUGUAUGCUUUGUUUGCUGAUAGUGCUACUAAUCCUGAGUCGUUAAUUGUGGGUCUACUUUCCCAUAGGUUUAAAAUCCUAGCAAUUAUAUCUGUAAUUGUGAUUUUGGGUGUGGCCAUCUAUUAUCUAGUUCAUCAACCAGAUCAUAGCAUUGCGGGAAUGAUUAAGGCUAUCCAAAAGAGGGUAGCCCCAAACUAA